AUGGCCAAUCAACUCGUGGUUCUUGCACUCAUUUUUGUGGCCAUAAACGGCAUGGCCAUGGCUCAAGAGGCCCCAUCUCCAUCUCCAAAAUCAUCUCCAUCACCUAAGACUUCACCUUCACCUUCACCAUCACCAUCCUCAUCACCUGCACCAUCAUCUAAUUCUCCCUUGUCCUCUCCUCCUUCCUCUUCCCCAUCCGAGGAGGGUGAAAUCUCAGCCCCACCGGCCCCUGGCAGCGACCCCAUUGAGCUUUACGCUCCGGAACCUGCCCCCGCCGACGAUGCCCUUACCCCAGAUGCUGCUCCGGCCGACGAGGCCAGCCGUGCCGCAGCCCUUAAAUUCUCUGCCGGCGCUGGCACGGCGUUCUUCGUUGGGUUCUUUGCAUUCUAA